AAAAAUAUAAAACAAUUAGAUCAGAGUUAUAGAACACUAUUUUUCCCUACAAAAAUUCAACCUGUAGUUUAUAGCAAGAUACCGAAGUUCAUUGAUCAAAAGUUUAACUGAAAAAAACAAUCAACGUUCUGUACACACUAAAAAAGCCAAUGGUCUCAAGAUGAGCCAGUGCAAUAUCUCUUGUAACGCUCUUCUGAUUGAAUCUAUUUCCUUCGGCAGCUAUGACGAGCUUGCAAAAAGGUAUGAGCGAUUCGAUGGGGAUCUACAUGUCAAGGGCAAUGGUAACCAGUUGAAUGGUUUUAUUUUGAACACUGAAAGAGAUGCCAACGGUAAGACCUAUAUGUGGCACACAGGUCUUGUCAAAGUAGAAGGCCACAAUUACCACAUUUCUGGUAUGAGGAAGAACAACUCUGGUUUUGGUUUGUUAAACACGACCUAUUUUAUACACCAUGGUGUCAUUAAGGUCUUAGGAAAUGGAAACGAAAUAGAUCGUUUGUUUCUUGAGGCACGCGAAGAUGCUGGCGCUUUGCAUAAUGUGGGCAUUCAAAUUCUUGGAAACGGCAAUGUAGUGAGGGACCCAGCUUUUCACGACAAUCGUAAGACCAACGCAACGACCACUAUUGAGGUCAGUGACAUUAUACAAAUAACUGGAAUGGGGAACAUCUCUUGUGGCUUAUACACCUACGUAGAUCCUAACAGUCUUCCUACAGCUAAAACUGUUAAAGUAAACGUUCGAAACAUCAGGAAUCCCCAGCCGACAAGUUCGAAUCCAUGCGGAGCUCCAUGUCAGAAUAACGAAGGUCCAUAUCAGGUCCAGCUCUCUGCUGAACACGAACAUAAUUUCAUUGGUCAGAAGACUCAGACUCAAGGUGUUCAGGCUAAGACUCGAGAUGGUCAGACGACUCAGACUCAAGGUGUUCAAGCUAAGACUCGAGAUGGUCAGACGACUCAGACUCAAGGUGUUCAGGCUAAGACUCGAGAUGGUCAGACGACUCAGACUCAAGGUGUUCAGGCUAAGACUCGAGAUGGUCAGGUGGGUAUUUCUAGGGCGACCCUUUCAAGUCAAACUGACAAUGCUUCAAGUGGUCAUCUCUAUGAAGGUCCAGGCAAAACUAGUCAGACUGAAACUGAGUUAAACUCACAGCCGGCACAGGAGCUCGUUCGAGAACUAGAAAUCCUGAAAACACAGCGCCUCUGUAAAGUAUGCUUCAGUCAGAACGCUGGCGUAACGUUCGCACCUUGCGGUCAUUUGGCUUCUUGUGUGGACUGCUUCUCAACUGUUGACCGCUGUCCAGUUUGCCUGUCCAGCAUUGAUGGCAUUGUAAAAACAUUUUUUCCGUAAAUGAAACAUGUAGAUUGAGAAGAAUUUUAGAAUAAAUGACAGAUAAUAUAUUAUAUUUAUAAACUGUAUAAUUACAGUAGUAUGGGCAGCAGCGUGGCUAAGAAAGUAAGAGAGUGUGCGGACCUCAUUGGUAGGUACUUUUUACGAAUUAGCUAGAUAAUCCAGAAAAUUUAAAAUUGAUUUUAUUACAUAAAUCGUUUAAGAAGGAAGAUUGGGGGCGGUAUGACACCGAAGCAGGACGUUUUGGCGUGAUGGUCGUUUUGGAGCAGCCAUUUUAGCGCGAAUAGUUCUGGUGCGAGAUGUUUUAGUCACAUUUUCAUUUUUUUUUGCUCUUAUUACGUUGUGUAUGUGUGUUUGUGUUUAAACGUUCUGUAAAGAAAAAAAAAUGUUUUGUUAAUUUUUUCUUUAUUAGAUUUUGAAUUAAAGUUUGUUUGGGUCUUUUGUUAGAGCACAAACAUUCGAAUGUGUGCGUGGCGGAUUAUUUCGGCCACAGGGUUUGAACCCUGGACCAUAAAUACGACAUAUCUCUAGUUCAUACCUAAUACCAGGCAGUGAUCAAUAGUUCACUAAAUGUGUUUAUGAAACAUUUUAAAUUAUUAAAACUUAUUUUCAUGGAAAAGUGGUAAGGGGUGACUGUAUACUAUAUAUACUAGGCUAGAGCCUAGUGGAAAAAAAUGUUUAUUAUAAAAAGAUUUGUGUUUACAUAUUGUCUAUGUCACCUCUCCCGUCAAAACUGCUGCGAAAAAAAGGCUGCGCUAAAAACGACCACCGCGUGAAAGCGGCGAUGGCAAAACGUCAUGUACCCUAUUACACCAUUCGCUGAUCACACCAAGUGACAACAACUUAGCGAGCCACUGGUUGGGGGUAUAUAGUAUAAAGAGAUAGGCGUAUGUGUACUGUUAGAUAGGUAGAUUAUUAAGAGUAUUUUUGAAUUGAUUUUUUUUAAAUUACAGCUUCGUUACUAUUUCGUCCAAUGAAGAUUCCGAUACUUUACAUUACACUAUACAUACAUUGUUUUAAAAUAUUUAUUUGACAUUCUGAAUAAAGCCUUUACUAGUAGUGUGUACUAUAUAUAUAUAUAUAUAUAUAUAGAGAGAGAGAGAGAGAGAGAGAGAAAAGAGAGAAAAGAGAGAGAGAGAGAGAGGUAGCUAUAGAUAUAUAUGUAGAUAAACACUUCAUAAAUCACUUGAUGUGAAAUCUAAUAUUGAAUUUAAGAUAUUUUUAUUUUUUGUGA